AUGCCUGGGUUCACUUGCUGUGUGCCUGGGUGCUACAACAACUCGCACCGGGACCGGGAGCUGCGCUUCUACACAUUUCCCAAAGACACCACGCUGAGGGAGAUGUGGCUGAGGAACAUCUCCCGGGCCGGGGUCAGCGGCUGCUUCAGCACCUUCCAGCCUACGACGGGACACCGAGUCUGCAGCGUGCACUUCGCCGGCGGGAGGAAGACCUACACCGUCCGAGUCCCGUCCCUCUUCCCUCUGCGGGGCGUGAACGAGCGCAGGAGUCGUAAAGGCAGGGGAAGGAAGGUGUCCACGGCGGCUCCUGUCCCCGCAGCUGCAGCGACCUCCGGUAUUGUCAUCACGAACGACCUGGGCAGCACGGCAGAAGGAGCCGAGGGCAACACCGGCGGCGAGGCGAGCGACGACACCAUCACCGUGGUUCAGAUAGGCCAAAACGGGGAGUACCUGGGCACGGCGCGUCUGCCUGCCCAGUCUGAGGGGACUUUUUACGCGGCGCCCACCGCCUCAGAGGAGCAGACCACCGACUGUUCAUCAUUGGUCGAAACUACAUCCACUUUACAACAACAGUCCGUGCAGUACGUAAGCGUCACAAGUAGCCCACUGGACCACUCGUACUCUCUGACCACCGGCACCACGUCCACCGAGCUCCUGCGCAAACUGAACGAGCAGCGGGACAUCAUCGCGCUGAUGGAGGUGAAGAUGAAGGAGAUGAAGGCGACCAUCCGUCAGCUGCGGGUGGCUGAGGCCAAGCUGCAGGAGGAGGUGCGGGAGCGGGACAGGCUGCUCGGUGGAAACUCAAUUGCUUGUAGUAUCCGUAAGAAAUUCUGA